AUGUGGGUGCUGGUCGAGUCGACGACGGCUGGUGCGCGCGGGACUGCCGUGGCCCCGCCCGCCGGGUCGGUGCUGCGAGGGCCCGUCGGCCUCAUGCCGCUGGCCGACGGCUCCUGGGUGACGAUCCGCUCGAUCUCGGGAUCGGCCCGGGAGUACGCUGGGCGAGAGGCCGCGUCGGAUGCUCGUCUGAUGGGGAUCCUGCCGAACCCUGCCGUUCCAGGCGGGAGGCUGCUGCGGCAGUGGCGCGACGCCGUCGCCAGCUUCACCGAGGAGGCGUUCGUGGACGGGCACAUCCCCGGUCCGCGGACGUGCCUGUGGUGCUGCAAGUUCAUCGACCGUCGUCAGGGAGGGCCGCUGGAUCACUUCAGGUUCUGGAAGGCGACCCUCGGGCUGGCGGCCGACGACUACGGCGUGAACGACUAUGAGGCCGGGAUGCGCGCUAUCUACACGAUGGCGUGCUGGGACGGCCUGGACCUGCCAAACAUCGCGGGCGCCGAGCAGAUCCUUCGGAAGUGCCAGAUGUACGAGUACGUCUACGGGGGCCCAGCGGUGGUGGCCCGCCAUUCGCUGGUGAUGAGCACUUCAAGGGCAUGCCUUGUGGGCGCCAACGUGAUCUAUUUCCACUGCCACGUCCUGAUCAACAGCGUGGUGAAUACCCUCAACGAGCUGUACGUCGGCCAGCCCUGUCGCCACGGCGACCACUCGCAGCCUGUCUCUGCGGGUCAGCAGCGGGCCUUGGACAACGUUCGCGAUGCUGUCCGACGGUUCGGUAAGCCCCCGGAGGGAUUGACUGGCUCAGGAGCCCUUGAGGAGCUUCGAGUUCUCAGCGACUACGCCGGCGAGAGUGCCACGGUCGCUCCGUUCAGCUUUGAUAACAUCAACAGCCUCUCGCUCCCGGACGAGGGUUUCACGCCGGUGGCGCUGGACACGCUGGGAGGAGGAGCUGGCCGCAAGAUAGUUGAACGGCUUCAUGAUAUGAUGCUGUCCCAGUCCGAGGGUCGGGCUCGGAUCGAGUCCGACGGUCCUCGGAAGCUCUACAUCGACCCGGCGCUCAGGAACCCCAAGCUGUACAUCCAGCUGCUGCGGAUCCUCGAGCGCCGGAACCUCAUCGACUACUACGCUGACAAGGCGCGCAGCGUGGGUGUGUUCUUCGUUUAUAAGAAGUCGGGGAAGCUGCGGCUCAUCCUGGACGGCAGGCAUGCGUCCCUGCACUUCCGGGCCCCCGACAAGGUGGCCCUCGCGUCUGGCGCGAGCUUCGCUGGCCUUCACGUGGACAGCGGGAAGCCCAUCGCCGUGGCCGAGGUGGACCUGGCCGACGCCUUCUACACGAUGCUGCUGCCGCCGGAGUUCCGACGGUACUUUGCACUGCCGAGCUGCCGCGCGGGCCUGCUGGGGCUUGACUGCACCUCGGACGGGCGCCCUCUCAGCGGGACGGACCUGGUCUACCCGUGCUUCCGGUGCCCGCCGAUGGGGUGCUCCUUCAGCCUCUGGAUCUGCCAGGCGAUGUUGGAGGCGACCGCGCUGCAGGUGCCCCAGCUGACCGUGGCCAAUCGCUUCGUGGACAGGCGCCCUGUGCCGGGCGUCACCAGCGACGCGAUCCACACCGAGUACGUGGACAACGCGCUGAGCCUCUCGACCGACCCGUCGGUGGCGUCCGCUGCUGCCGCUGCGGUCGACUCUCGGCUCCGAGCGGCUGGCCUACCAACCCACGGGGUCGAAUGCAGUUUCGGCGCUGCCGCGCUGGGCUGGCAGUUCGACGAGAAGUUCCCGAUCAUCGGGCUGAACCCGGCGCUGCGGUGGAAGCUACGGCUGGCCUGCCUGGAGCUGUGCCGGAAGGGCUUUGCUUCGGGCAAGACGGUCUCGCGCGUGGCCUCACACUUUACAUCGAGGGCGCUGAUCCGGCGCGAGCUUCUGUCCUGUCUCAACUCGCUGUACGCUUUUUCUGCCCAGUAUGGGGGCCGAACUGCUCGGCUCUGGCCCUCUUGCCUGCGCGAGCUCCGCUGGUGCGCCAGUCUGGUCGUGUUCUGCUUCCGAGACGCGGGUGCCGCGUUUGACAGCAGGUGGAGAUUCAGCAAGACUCAGGAGGGUGGCGUCUCACAUCGGUCCUUCGCCCUAAAGGCUCAGAGCUCUGGAGACCCCUUCGUGCCCGAGUCGGUCGCAACCUUCGAGAACCCAGGGGGCUUCCAGGAGGUGAUCACGGACUUGGAGGAGGAUGAGGAGUUCGUCGUGUCAGGCUCCGCGUUCGAGGUGGAGGAGGUGACCCAGGUGGAGAAUGAGGAGUUCCCGGAGAUCCCAGAGGGCGUCUGGGCGGAGGGGUGGUACCCGGUCGUGUCGCACAGAUGGUGUCGUUCGGAACCUCAAGUCGUUCUCGAAGGUCGUGGGAUGGUGGUGGCUGUUCGGCAUAUCCUUCGGCGUCUCUCGUCCUUCAACCGGUGCCAUCUGUGCUUGGGCGAUUGUUUGGGAACGAUCCUGGCUGCCACCAAGGGGCGGCCCUCGCGCCCAGAGAUGGGGCGCAUCUGCCGGCAGCUGGCGGCCCUUUCGCUAGCUAGCGGCACUGCCUUCUUUUGGCGCUGGGUACCUUCCGAGCGGAACUCCGCGGACCGCGCCUCCAGGAACCUGCCGGGCGUGGGCUAUGCUUCGACGACAUCAGAUACCUGCGGCCCCAGCGCCUGUGGUGGUAGCCACGGCGCCCGCUCCGACGUCGGGCGGCCUCCCGGCGCGAGGCAGCCUGCCUUCGGGCCCCCGCCCGGCCUCGAGCAAGAGGCGAGCUGGGACCCCGACGGGGCGGACCGCUUCCUCGGCAGCGGCUUCGACAUUGGGGCUGGACCUAUCGGCGGAGCCACUGGGGCGGACCGCCCGCCCGGACAGCGGUCGUUCCUGGAGCAGAAGGCGGUGGGCAACAGGACGACGCUGGACUACCAGGCCCGAUACCACCGUUUCCUGACCUGGGCCGCGGCUGCGAGGCCCCCAGUGUCCACCAUCCCAGAGCUGGAGGAGACGCUCCUGGAAUACUUCAACGAGUUGUACUUCGAGGGCCACGACUCGCCGGACGGGUCGAAGCUGGCGGCCGCCGUGACCCACUUCCGGCUGGACCUGCUGCCGAAGCUGAUCAACUUGCCGCGCGUGCAGCGGGCGCUGAAGGGCUGGAAGUCCAUGGCGCCCCCCCGGGCUCGCCUUCCCCUGCCUUGGCCAGUGGUGGCGUGGAUGGCGGACUGGAUGGUGACGAACGGGUGGGAGGUGGCGGCGACGGCGUCCGUGCUGGCCUUCAUCCUCUACCUGCGCCCCUCCGAGCUGCUGUCCCUGCGCGCGAUCUCGGUCGUGCGGCCGGUGAAGUGCGGGCCCCGGCACCUGAGCAAGUACUCCAUCCUCCUGUUCCCGGCCGAGCUCGAGGCGAGGUCGAAGACAAAGGAUUACGACAUCAGCCUGCUGCUGGACAACCCAGAGUUCGGGUGGAUGGAUCAGGUGCUGGACCGCCCUCGGCUGCGCCGUGACUAUUGGCAGCACCCUAUGCAGAAUUUGAGUUCGUGGGCCCACACCGCCAAGUCGAAGGUGUACCUGGAGAUCUUCAGUGGCUCCGGGAACUGGUCGCGUGCCAUGCGACACGGCCAGGCCUCGCGGCUGGCCCCGCGUGUCUUCGAGCUGGACAUGGAGCACGAGCCCGCCCUGGGCGAUCUCUCCAGGCGCAGCGUGCAACGUGUUGUUCGAGGUUGGCUUCGUGGGCAGCUGCUCCAGGGUGUCUGGCUGGGUAUGCCCUGCAGUUCCUGGUCCAUGGCGCGGAAUAGGCCCAACGGCCCUCCCGCCUUGCGUGAUGGGAAACAUCUGCUGGGACUCCCUGGCCUCUCGUCAGGCGACUCGCUCAAGGUGAUGCUGGGGAACAGGCUCGCGUGUUUCUCCUUCAGCUUCUUUCUGGAGUGCGCCCUGCGUGGAGUCCCAGCGGCAAUCGAGAACCCAGCCACCUCGUGGGCGUGGCAGACCAAGUGGGCGGUACAUGCCGCCAAGCAGACCAAUGUGAAGAAGGGCAAGUACCACAAGGAGUUCAAUGACGUGACGGAGUUCUACUUCGGCAAGCACCAGGACAAGCUGAAGAAGUUGGCGACGCCCGUGGGCUCCGGGGCCUCGACGCCGCCCGCCGGGGGCGCCCUCGGGGUCUCCUGGUACCGGGAGUGCGGCUGCACGGGCAUGGAGAUCGAGGCGGUCACCAUCCUCGAGGGGCUCGCCCGCUCCCUGGGCGCCGGGCGCGUGCGCACGAACCGCUGCGAGGCGUCGUGCGUCUGGCCGGCGUCGACCCGGCGGGUGCUGGAUCAGAUCGAGCUUCAGUGGGGCGAGAGGGAUUUGUCGGAUUGGCUCUUCGCGGAUCGCCCGCCACGCAGGGUGGUGUUCGUGGUGCAUGCGGCGUUCCUGGGAGUGUGCGGCCUUCCCGACUUCCUGCAGUACGCUGCGCAGGACGACCCGCUGGCGCGAGCCGUGCGCGGUGGCCGCCCCGAUCUGCUGCGCGUGAGCAGGAGCAUGCUGGAGACUGACCGCCUCGACCCCAUGAACGCGGAGCGCUGCAACAAGCAGUUCGAUGCUGUCUGGGUUCCUUCGAAGUUCAACGAGGAGACGUUUUCUAGAUCUGGCGUCGAGGCAAGCAUGCUGAAGGUGCUGCCCGAGGCGAUCGACCCCCGGCUCUUCAACUGCAGCGCCGGGAGUCCGCCGGUGCGUCCGCCGGUGCCGCACUUCGGCGUGGCGGAGCUGGACCAGUUCGUGGCCGCAGGGGUCGGGCACGACGUGUUCACGUUCCUCUCCGUCUUCAAGUGGGAGGAGCGGAAGAACUGGCAGGCGCUGCUGGAGACGUUCUGGCGGACGUUUCCCCGCCGCUCGACGCAGGUCGCCCGGGAGGACGGGCAGACCGUCGGCACCACCGUGCGCCUGUUGAUCUCGAGACGCAGCACUUGUCGUGGGGCACCCACCCCGACGACGACGUGGCCCAACUCCAUGCGGCGCUCGGCGUGUCCGCGGAGGACGCCGCGGGGCGGCUGCUGGUGA